AUGUAUAUCAGUUAAUAUAAUAAUGGAGCAACAAUUCCAUCUGGAUUUGUAAACCUAAGAAUUACAGAAUAAGCAUUAUAGUAUGAUGAGAUGACGUUAUUCAAAUAUUUUAGCAUAAUUAAUUGUUUAAACAAAUUUGAUUUCAAUUAUCCUAUAUUUUUAACUGUUCAAUUUAUUUUACUAUUUUUAAACAACACAAUCAAUCAACAUGAAAAGAAAAUAUUAAAAUACAUACAUUCUAUAUUUAAAAAGAUGUUUUCUACAUAAUUUUAACAAUAUUUUUAGAUAUCAUUUGGUUCAUAACUAAUAUAAAAAUCAAAAUGA